AUGAAUUUCAACCGGCAAGUUUUGCGACCAACACACAAUCGACUUCCACUACAAGAUGUUUCAUCACAUCAGAAAUAUCUGUGUAUAGACAAGACGAAUCUUCAUGUCCAACAAGAAAACCGAUCAGUAGCAAUAGCGAAUACGAAAAUCUCGGUAAAAUCAAGGCCAAUUCUAACUGCAACGCGUUUAAUCAAAUCUCAAUUCAACGAAAAUGACGUGGAAAUGCUUAUAUCACCCAUGGUUGACAAAACAAAUGCGUCUACUGUUGAACAGACAAAGACCAAAACGCGUGAACAAUGUGAAGCAGAUUUGUAUGAAUUAUCUGAUUAUCGUCAAUCGAUAUUCGAUCAUUUACGAUCAGUAGAGCACGCCUAUGCUCCAAAAACAAACUUCAUGAAAAAUCAAUCGGAUGUGAAUGCAAGUAUGCGAACUGUUCUUGUCGACUGGCUUGUCGAAGUGACCGAUGAAUACAAACUGACGAAUGACACACUUUUUCUCUGUGUACAAUAUGUCGAUCGAUUUCUAUCAACAGUCAAUGUUACACGAUCGAAACUACAAUUGCUGGGUACAACUUGCAUGUAUGUCGCAGCAAAAUACGAAGAAAUGUACCCGCCAGCAUUGGAGGAAUUCUCAUUCAUUACGGACAACACCUAUGACUCCAAACAUAUUCUCCGCAUGGAACAAAUCGUUAUUAAAAUGUUGAAUUUUUCCCUUUCCGGGCCCACUUCAUACACAUUUCUCCAAUACUAUUUGACUCAUUUAAAAUCGUCGACAUCAAUUAACCUUGAUGACGACACUCAACAAUGUCUUAUGUUGUUAUCAACUUAUUUAUGCACUUUAACACUUUUACAUGAUCGACCAUUUUCCUCCUAUCGUUCGUCAUUAAUCGCUGCAAGUUGUCUUGUCUUUGCCUUCCAAUUGCUCAACCUCAAACCUAUGUCUACGAGCAUUCUGAAACAAUUAACUACUUAUACAGAGUUCGAUUUAAAUGAAUGUAAAUUAGCAUUGAUACAGAUACAUUCUGAAACCUAUCGUCAAGAGCAAACGACGUCAAGCGUACUUCGACGUUUUCUAAAUCCAAAGAACAACAAAGAACUUUAUCAAAAACGUGUACAUGACUUAAUUCAUCAAUCGAAACUUGACGAUGACGAUGAUGUUAUUGAUUUAACAUUGGAUGAAAUUGAUGAGAAUGAUGUGAGUAUGGAACAUCAUCGCUAG